AGUUGAGUGCGAAAAAUAAAUGCCUUAGGGCAUAAACUAUUUAUAAUAUGAUAUUAUUGAAAUGUUUAAUACGUAAAACGUUUUAAUACAUUAAACAUAAAAAAAAGACAGUUUUUGUUUAUAUUUGUGAUUUGCUAUAAACGUAUUUAAAAGCCAGGGCUUAAAAAUGGGUAGACGUAAAAUACAUAAGAGAUACAGGCAAAAGUAUAGUUUACAUUUUAAUUUUCAAGAAACAUCAAGUAGUGAUAAAAUCACUUUAAUACCUGAAUCUCCAAAUAUGGAAACACCUAAUUUCUCUGGCAACAUUGCAUCUGACAUAAAUAGAAAUAUAAAUGUUUCUGAAGAUCGUACACCAGAAUUUGUGAAAGAAGAAAAUCAAAAACUUCAGUAUUAUGAGGACAUGAGUCCAAAAAUUAAUGUCAGAUUGCCUAAACCCAAGUUAAAUCUUGAUAUACCAGAGAAUGACGACACGGAAGACGUGGAGAAGAACAAAAACAAUACUAUUAUAGAAAAAGAUAAUCACAAAGCUGUAAAAGAUUUUGAUAAAACAUUAUCAGUUGACAAACUUUUGGAAAGUGAUUGCGAAGAAAAUACUGAGUCCACAAUUAAAGCUUGCGAGUUCUCAAAAAGUUAUUCUAUGAACUUUAAAACUAGUUCAGAACUUGUAGAUUUGCCAAGAAAAGAUCUGACAUCGCUAAGUGGAUAUUUUCAAAUACCGUCAUCAACUUUCAAUCUUAAUCAGGCUUAUGUGGAGAGUGGGUCAUCGAAUUUUGCUUUUAUCAAUGGAGCAACAAAGAAUAAUUUAGUACAAGAUAGUGUUAAAAAAAGCACUCCAAAAUCUUGUGGAAACAAAACAAAAAGUAAUGAUAUCAAGAUAUUAUUUUCUGGAGAAAAUGGUGAUUAUUCUACAACCGAUGAAGAACAAAAUGAAAAAUUAAAAGCAGAGAACUGUUGUAUUGCAAUAGAGCUUGAUGAAAAAAUAGAUGGUGUUUCAAACACCACAAAAGGAAUUUUUACUAAUGACAAAGAAAAGACUGAAUGGGACAUCACUCCAAAAAACAUAACUCCUGUUGAAUUGCCAGCAGUUUCUGACAUAGAAAGCAAAACUACAGCGACGGAAUCUCAAAUAACAAUUCUGAACAAUGUUUCUGAGGUGCAAACUCCUUUGACUCCUGAGAAAAAGAGUGCCAUCUACUAUAGAAGACUCAAAACUUCUCUCAUAAAAAUAACAACAUUUUGCAGCUGGCUUGCUGGCAAAUUCAUUAUUUGGAUCAGAAAGGGAUACAAAGGUGUUAGGAAUCUAUUGUCGAUUGUAAUCACUACAGCUUAUCCACCUCCUUUGGCUGAGAGUGAAUUGACACAAGUCAUAGCUGUAAUAAAAUGUGAAAAUGAGCGAGUACUGACUGUUUUAUCAGAGAAAGUAUCAACUUUAUCUCAGGAAUUGAUACAGGUUCGAACUACCAGUGAAGCAACUUUAACAGCUCUGACAAAACAAGUGGAAGGAAUGCAAUCGGCGAAUACCCAGCUUGCUGAGACCAAUAACACCCUGGUAAAGGAGCUGAAAACUCUACAAGAGAAAGUUAGCGAAAUUAAGUUAAUGCCGCCAUCCUUGCCACCUACUGCAACACCAGCAACAAUAUGUGCUCCAGCACUACCUCCGCCACCGCCACCACCUCCUCCUCCUCCUCCUCCACCAUUGCCACUCUUAUCUUUAUCUGCAGCUGGUGGACCACCACCUCCGCCACCUCCUCCUCCUCCACCACCUCCGAUGUUCCCUGUAGCGAAAUCCAGUAUCACGACAACACCCAAUAGUAAAAAAGGCCUCAGGACGACUAGCAAGACACCAACGAGAAAGUGCUCCACUCCACUGGAAAGCAGACCUUCCAUCACCGUGGAGGACCUUUUAAAAGUCACGUUGAAAAAGGCUCCCACGAACUCAAAGGACAACAACAGGAGAAAUACUGUACCUGGACCGCGAGGCCCCGUGAUAUCCUUGGACAUGUUGCGCAACGUUAAGUUAAAGUCUGCCAGGCGCAGAUCCUUAGACCAGCACAAAUCACCGAGAAGCGCCUCCAGGAUCAUCAGGAAUAGGUCCCAGUCGAACGUCAGCCUGUCGCCUAUCAUGCUCGGCGCCGAGGGAUCUUUAAGAAACUUGCUCAAGCCUAGUGACAUGAAUCGUAGGGUCUUGAAAAGAUCUCAGUUCGUCGCAGUGAGCAACAGCGAGACCGACCUGUCUAAGGACACGCCACCAAAGAGCUUCGCCUAUCGCAGAUCGGAAUCCGUUUUGAUAUGAAUGAUAUCUUUUCUUUUUAAAGAAUUGUUUUUGUGAAUAUACGUUAUAUUUGAUGACACAACUUGUACAUAAAUCGUUAGCUUUUAAAUUGCUAUAACGUGAACUCUCUUUUUAAUCUAAGUACAAUAGAUAACAAUCAGUAUUUUAUCCUUAAACAAAUGACCAUGCAUAAAGUAUGAAAAGAUGUUCAUUUUUUGUAAAUAUAUAAUAAUAAUUAUACUUGCUCUGAGCAAAUUUAUCGAGUGUUAGUUUUGCAAAAUAAAGUUGCUUUUUCAUGUCAGAGAUAUAAUAAUGUAUAAUGUGAUGAUUCAUACCCUGCGUCGUUUGUGAUAAACAUAAUGUGCGCGUGAAUAAUCGUAUGAUCAAUGGAAGUAGUAGUCGCGAUAGAACGUGGAUCAAUUUAUCGAUGACAAUUAAUCUAAUGUAUUGAAAGCAAAUUGAAAUUAUAGACAGUUGUAAUCACUUUAUUUUCAGCUUCCACGUGUGGCUUUACAGUAAAAGUUAUAUUCGGUGUAUUGUAUUAACUCUAAUACAGAGCAUAUGCAUGCGGAUCCAAAAUAUGAAAGAUCACUGUUUCGAUUUUCUUCUAAUUUUUCGUCGAUCGAACGAUUUUCGCGAAGCGCGUUGACGUUAUCUACAUUUAUGGUCGCGAACACACUCUCUCAUUUUUAUUUGCUUUUGAAGAUUUUUUUAUUUCACUUUAGCAUCAAGUUUUCUUUUAUUAUUCGCUUUGAUCACACGCAUGACAUGCGCUUCUCACGUGUAAUUUUACAGUAACUGCUGUUUCUUCUCUUGUUCUUCCUUACUUCUUUUUUUUUUCUAUUGCAAAAGUUUACCUUAAUUAUUUUGCUUGACUCCUUACACAAUUAAAAAUAUCAAUAAUCUUACUUAGCAUUAUCAAUAAUUACUUUAAUGUUAUUCUUUUUUUUAUAUAGUUUUUACGCAAUAUUACUGAUAUAAUACUUGCGGGGUCACGCAAUACAUCGGUUUUCAUCAUUACUGCCCCUCCGCAUCUCGAUUAUUACCAAAAACUUUUUUAUGCUUCGCCUUGCACGCCUACGCCAAGUUCAAAAUUCCUUUACUUGUUUUUUAAUUUUUAUUUUUGUAGUGAACCCCCAUAUCCUUUUUUGCUUUAUAUAUUAAACAAAGGUUUUGUUGAAUUUAUAGUUUUUAUUUUCUUUCAUCGUGCGAAAGGUACAAGACUUGUCGAUGAAAAGAUUGACAUCCGUUUCGAGCUUUUUAGAUUGAUCUACAGUAUUGCCAUCGAUAAACUCAUUGUCUGAUUAUUAGCUUUCUUUAGAUUAUAGUGAAUAAAGACUACGCAUGAAACUUCACUAAUGAUAGAAAAAUAAAAUAAAUGCAGAUUAAAAACAUUGACAAAUCAGAGUACAGAGAACCAUUUAUUCUGUCAUUUCUCAUAUCAUAACUAUAUCCAUACAGUUGAAAUAAGGGACGUAUGCAAACGUACAUUCGCGGAAGAGAUCAGCUACUUAGCUAGACGUUUAAUACGAAUAUCAACGCUAUACGGAAAUUUAUUCAUCUUUCAUAUUAUAUUUUUUUGUUGCUUUUUUCUUGUUAUAAUUUCUUGGCGUUCGAAACAACCAGCACAAUUUUUUCAGGCUUUCUGAAAGCAGUGAAAGAACAGUAAAACGAUUCGCUAAGCUGAUUUCGCAGCUCAAAUUCUUCAGUCUACUAUGAUUCUUGAAUUAAUACGCUUCCGCGAGAAUUCCUAGGAAAGUCUUUUGUCGCAAAGUUUCAGCUACAUUCCAAUAUUCUCAUCCUGAAUGCAUGCAUACGUGCGAUAAUUGUUCAAUUGGUACGGUCACCUGAACAAUCGUUUAAAUGACAAAAAAAAAAUUGAAAGAUAGUAUGUUAAAAUCGUUACGAGUUUCAAGACUUUAUUAUUCAUAAAACAUUGCAAAUUCAUCCAUCUUUCUAGAAGCUUUUUGGCGUGGGAUGUAGCGGUUAUGAAAUAAAAUGACGCGUAAUUACAAAAUUAAAUGUAUUUAGAUCAAACAUUUAUCCGUAUAAUUGGUAAAUAUCGGUAAAUAUCAUUGCUGAAAUAUAUAAGAUAAGCUUGUACGCGCAUAAUAA